AUGAAGCCUCACCCAGCUGAAGCCUCCACGAAGCCCAUGAAGCCUCACGAAGCCAACCUGAGCCUCACAGAGCCCAGUGAAGCCUCACGAAGCCAACUGAAUCCUCACGAAGGCCCCAGUGAAGCCUCACGAAGAAGAAACUCACGAAGCGCCUCACGAAGCCAACAGUCCUCCGAAGCCCACCUCACGGAAGCGCUCGUCCUGACGAAGCCUCCCCCUCACGAAACCUCCCCGAAGCCUCACGAAGCCCCGAAGCCUCCGAAGCCUCCUGAAGCCUCACGAAUUCCUCCCGAAACCUCCCGAAGCCUCACGAAGCCUCCUGAAGCCUCACGAAGCCUCCCUGAAGCCUCACGAAACCCUCCCGCAAGCCUCACGAAGCCUCCCGAAGCCUCACGAAGCCUCCUGAAGCCUCACGCCUCACGAAACCUCCCGAGAAAGCCUCACGAAAGCCUCCGAGCCUCCGAAGCCUCGAACGAAGCCCUCCGAAGCCUCACAAGUCCUCACGAAGCCUCCGAAAGCCUCCGAAGCCUCGAAGCCGAAGCCUCACGAAGCCUCCCGAAGCCUCAAGAAGCCUUCCUGAAGCCUCCCGAAAGAGCCUCCCGAAGCCUCCUGAAGCCUCCCGAAUCCUUCACGAAGCCUCCUGAAGCCUCCGAAGCCUCCGAAGCCCGAAGCCUGAAGCCUCUAGAAGCCUCCUGA